CAAGGCUCAGGAUCCCCAAAUCUGGCAGUGCUCGCACACACUCCACACAGGGCACAGCCCAAGCGCUGAGCUGUGGCAGCUCAGGGCAGCCCGCUUAAACAAACCGACAAGGACAUCAGCUUAUGUGGUACAAUGGCAAGGGAUAAAUUUGGAAUGAAAAAAGAUAAGCCAAAGACAGCAGUAAUGAAGUUAAAUAUGCAUAUCAGUGUAUGCAAUCAGAUCACAUCUAGAGUGUUUUCUUUAGGGACUGCUGGAGAGAUGUUCACAGAAACUCGGUUGGGUUUUUCAUUUUUCUUUUCAUGCAUAAAGCUGGUUUUAUGGUGUUCCUUCGUUUAGGGCUUGGCCUGGAAAAAUAAUGAACCACAGAAGAUAACGGAUCUCAAGACAACGCAGCAAACUGAGUGUUUGUUGUUUGAACAGACUAUGUGGGGUGGUCAGUGUGGAGCUGACAGGAGCUGCGUGAGGGAGAGGCCUGCGCUUCUGCACGGCGCCGGGCAGGGAACCCAUCCCUCCACAGCUUCUCCCCGACUCCCCCCACAGCCCCGGUUACGGCUGCGGGGUACUCACCACCACCACGGCCGGGCGCAGCCCGCGGGGCGCGGCGCUGCCCCUGAGGGGAGGGACCCUCCGAAGACGCCCCCCGGCUCCCGCGCAGCCGGGCCCGGCCCUGCCCGCCAGCUCCCCCUGCCGCGCCCCGCCGGCACCGCAGCCACUCCACGGCCCACGCGUGAGCCCUGCUGCCGAGCGCCGAAGAAAGGAUUCUCUUCAAGAGAAGGGUGAGUAGAGAGAAGGCUCAUAAGGAACUGGAAUAUCCGUAGGGAAGUUUGAUCCAGCAGAAGUCUAACACAGUCCCGAAGACCUCAGGUAGCAAAGGGCUUUCUGGAUCUUGCAGGCUUCCUUUUCCCAGCCACGUUUACUCUUUCCACCUGGAAAUCACAUUUAGGCAGAUUUUCAGGACUUCAUAAAUUUGUCUGAGCUUUCCGGAUGUCUGGUAGCUGUAGGGAGCAGACACUUCUGAUCUGGUGGCUGCACGUCUGGAAACUCUGGACAUCAGCACUAUGAGCAUGCGCUGCAGUUAUAGAACAUGAAGCAGCCUAGCAGGAGUAUCUCUGUGUGUGUUCUGUGCUGUCCAGCCAUGCAUAGUAAGUGCAAAACUCUUCAGAAAAACAGCAGACGAUGUAGACGUGUUCUGCAGCUACUAAGACUCUGUGCAGUCAGCCUCCUGCUUUCAGGGGGGAACUAUGCAGUUAUUCGCAUAUUGAUUAUACAUCCCCUGGCUCCUGGGUGUGCUGCAGCUGUUGCAUAUGCCCCUACUUUUAUCUACCCACGAAAUCCUCUGCAGAUGUAUGGGAUUCCUACCCCUCUAGUAUGCAUCCUUAUAUCCACACUCCUCCAAGGCAGCGAUGAUCAAGGCCCAUACUUGCUCUGCUUCUCCCUUUGAUUCCCCCUUCCCUUCUAAUAACAAGUCCUUGCACUAAGACAAUGCUUCCACGAGACAAUUUCACAGCUUGCUACUGUCACAAGAGAGAGGUGGCAGUCCCCAGUCCUUUGCCCUCUAGCAGUCCUUGCUCUUGGUCAUCCUGCUGCUUACCUUACGCUGGUUCUGGUAUGUGUUGAAUCCAUCCCUCCAUUAGCCACUUUGACCCUAUUAGCCUGGAAGAAAAACAGCAGAAAAGUGGAUAGUUUUCUCUGGAAUAGCAAGGUAAAUCAGCUGACUAAAUGACAGAUGUAAGGCAAAGGAUCAGAAGAGUACCUGAGCUGCUGUAAGUGCAGCUGGGACACAGACCGAGAGAUUGACCUCGCACUUUUGCAACAGUGACUUGUUAGAUCAGCUUAGCUGCCUGUGAAGCAGUGGUUUGAUUUUCUUUCUUUUAUAGAACAGAGGCUCUAGUUUGCCUCUUUUUCUCUCCCCCUUGUCAUUUAUAGCUAUAUCAUUUAGUCUGAGGAAAUGUGGGUGGAUUCAGAGUUUUGGUCACAACACCAUGUAAGAAUAAUUUUUGGAAGGGUUAGCAAGGAUUUUCUACAUCAUGGUCUUGCAGGCAAUUGCGUAUAAACUGUCUUUAAUAUGCUUCUGGCCUCAAACCAGUUGGUUUAUUUGUUUUUCCCUAGCUAUUCGUAUGUUGGAGGCUAAAAGCAUUGCCAUCAUCAUCUUCAGAAACCUCUAUGCUUUUUAAACACGCUUAUUCUAUUCUAAGAUAUUCUCAAAAAAAGCUUUGAAUCCCUUGUCUUGCUCCCUUGAACUAGUUUCAAAAUUGUACCUAAGGCUAAAUACAGCUCCCAUAUUGUGUGGAAACUACUUUGAAAUUUAACAGAAAUUUGAGAAGCUUCUGUUGGCUGCCUCAGAGAGUGUCAAGCAUGUGAUAUAUUCCUCUUAAACUUCUGGAAAAUUAAUAAAUAAUAAAAAAAUCAUAAUUUUUUCCCCUACUGCUUAACAUCCAGCUAGAUUUGAGCUGGAAGAGCAGAAAAUCAAAACAUGAUGACAUUCUGAUUAUUCCUUCAGUAUUGUUUGAGAAAUGAUGGAAGACUUCAGCGCUUUAAUAAGGCAAUUUAGACAUCCGUCUGCCACAGUGGUGGAGCACAGAAGAUCAAAAGAACAUUCUCAUCUGCUUGACACACACACCCAGUGUUCGUUCAUUAAUGGCAUACUUUUAGUGUAGGUUAUAACUGUACACAUUGUACAACAAACAGUGCCAUGAAGUCCCCUGUCUUCAGGGAACAGAAGGAGCGGGAAAAAAAAAAAGUCUGGUUGAUUAAAGCAUUCUCAGCAGCUGAGAACAUCACUAACUCUGACAUAGUUUGCUGUGAACUUUGAAGGGGUGGGAAGAAUAGCUGUGCACCACUGUCUUCGUUUGAUUGUAUUGUUCAAAAUGAAUCCCCCACUGAUAAAAUAAUUCCUGAUAAAAGACAUUCUAGCUUUCAGAAGUCACACACUCAAAGUAUACACAGUGAGUGUGUGUUGAAGUACCAGUGCUCUGUAAAAUAUGCACAAAUUAGUGAUUUGGGGCUGCCCAUCUGUUUUGGUGACAGAAAGUGAAGGUCUAAGUAGAUGUGUUUUAAACCAGAUAUGACCCAUUUUAUAUUCUGAAGAAGGAAGAAGACAAAGGGAAGGAAGGAAGCAAAACCCAUUCUGUUUGUCCUGAUACUCAUUCCAUAGAGCCUCUAGUCUAAAGACCUAAGCUUCAACUAGGAAGCAGAAAGCAUUUGCUUAUUGGUUUUGCAUUUUUAGAAAAUAAAUUUCCUUACUUCCAAUUCAGGAAAAUUUCAAUUUUAAUGAGUCUAACUGGACAGAUUCCAGAUCGAAUCUGUUCCUGGCGUGGUGGUGUUGACUUAGAGGUAGAGCACCAGAAACAAAUCUGGCCCUUUCUCUCUCUGUGAAAGUGUAUUAGUCAAUUGUUUCAGAAGCUUGCAGAGUAACACGCCUUUGGAUUGUACACAGCUAAUCCUCUUUAUACUUUGCUAUGUGUAACCUGCUUAGUCUUACAUGAAAGGAUGACUUUCCCUUGGUUGAGGAGGCUUGAGUUAGGUAGAGAUCAUUUAGGCAUGCCUGACACCCACAAAUCCAUGGGCCCUGACGGGAUGCACCCCCAGCUGCUGAGGGAGCUGGCAGAUGUUACUGCUAAGCCACUCUUCAUCACCACUGAAAAGUCUUGGAGAACAGGAGAGGUGCCUGAGGACUGGAGGAAGGCCGGUGUCACUCCAGUCUUCAAAAAGGGAAAGAAGGGCCCAGGAAACUGCAGGCCAGUCAGCCUCACCUCCAUCCCUGGAAAGGCGAUGGAACAGCUCAGCCUGGAGGUCACCUUGAAGCAUGUGAAGGAAAAGAAGCUUAUCAGGAGCAGUCAGCGUGGAUUCACCAAGGGGAACUCGUGCUUGACCAAUCUGAUAGCCUUCUGUGAUGGAAUGACUGGCUGGGUGGACGAGGCCAGAGCAGCGGAUGUUGUCUCCCUUGACCUCAGCAAGGCUUUUGACACUGUCUCCCCCAACAUCCCCACAGGCAAGCUCAGGCAGCGUGGGCGCGACGAGCGGCGGUGGGUGGGCUGGGACCUGGCUGCGUGGCAGACUCGGAGGGCUGUGACCAGCGGCGCAGAGUCGAGCUGGAGGCCGGCAGCCAGCGGGGCUCCCCAGGGUCACUGCUGGGUCCAGGCUCGUUCAAUUGACUCAUCAGUGACCUGGGCGAAGGGACAGAGCGUACCCUCAGCAAAUCUGCUGGCGGUACAAAACUGGUUCACCCGAAGGCUGCGCUGCCAUUCAGCGAGGCCUGGGCAGGCCGGAGAGUUGGGCAGAGGAGCUGAAGUUCAACACAGGCCAGUGGAAGGUCCUGCCGCGGGGGAGGGACAGCCCCCUGCACCAGUAUGGGCUGGGGCUGGCCUGCUGGGGGGCAGCUCUGCAGGGAAGGGCCUGGGAGCGCUGGUGGGCAGCAGGCUGCCGUGGACCACCAGUGGGCCCGUGGACAAAGUGGCCAACGGUAUCCAGGGGUGCAUUAGGAGGAGUGUGGCCAGCAGAUCGAUGGAGUUUAUUGUCCCCCUCUACCCUGCCCUGUGGAGGCCGCAUCUGGAGUGCUGUGUCCCGUUCUGGGCUCCCCAGUUCAAGAGACAGGGAAAUACUGGGGAGGGUCCAGUGGAGGCUACGAAAAUGAUGAGGGAACUGGAGCAUCUCCCUGAUGAGGACAGGCUGAGAGAGCUGGGGCUGUUCAGCCUGGAGAAGAGAAGACUGAGAGGGGAUCUUAGCAAUGUCUGCAAAUAUCUUAAGGGUGAGUGUCAACAGGAUGGGGGCAGGCUCUUUUCAGUGGUGCCCAGUGACAGGACAAGGGGCAACGGGCACAAACUGCAACACAGGAGCUUCCAUCUGAGUAUGAGGAAAAACUUUACUCUGAGGGUGACAGAGCCCUGGAGCAGGGUGCCCAGAGAGGCUGUGAAGUCUCCUUCUCUGGAGAUGUUCAAAACACUCCUGGAUGCAAUCCUGUGCAACCUGCUCUAGGUGAACCUGCUUUAGCAGCGCGUUGGACUAGAUGAUCUCCAGAGGUCCCUUCCAACCCGACUAUUCUGUGAUUCUGUGAGAUGUAUUUGCCAUCUUUUCAUGACCCUGAUCCAAAGGUUGAAGUCAGUGGAAAGAGUCCAGAUUUUUUUCGGUAGUUUUGGAGCUGACUCUAUAUGAACAGCUGGUCUAGCACUGAGUCUUCUAGUUGAAAGACAAGGAAAAUAAGCAGCACCAAACCACAUUGGACUCAGCGCUGUAUUAAAGAUACAAAUGAAAGUAAUGUGAAACUUGUAAAACCAGACUGAACAAAACACUCUGAAACAUGCUGCAAGGAGCAGUCUAGCGCUAGCAGGGGAAUAAGUUAGCUAUUUAAUGAUUUCUUUUCCAUAGCUUUUACUUUUCCACAUAUUCUGUAAUGUAACAGUUCUU